GGCGGGGCGGCAUGCUAUGGCAGAUCGCAUUGGCUGCGGUCCUUGCAGUUACAAAUGCACGUCUCCGAGAGGACAGCAAUGCCUUGAGAAACCUGUCCGCGAAAGAAUUUCAGGGCGACCAAGACUUCGCCUCCUUCGCGCUGUGCUGCCAAGCACAACGGCCCAGCGACUCAGCUCGAUGCGACCUGUGUGGUCGACAACAGUGGCCCUGCGAGCAGUUGCUGCGCCAGCAGCGUAGUACGCUGGAUCAGUUGCCAUCCGUCGGUGUGGCAGAUGACGUCACUACACCAGGCAUUGAAGAAAUGCGGGCUUUCUUUGAACAUUCAGUGGCCUUGUACUUGACAGGAGAGAUCACUGAUCCCGUUUUCUUGGACAUUGAAUACGUGCUUCCUGCAAUCUUUUUGGCCGUCGGGAAAUCGAAGCGAAGCAAGCGAAGCAAGUUUGAAGUCAUGGAUGUUGGAGCUUAUGCAGGCUCUGUGAGCUGUGGAGCCUUAGCCAUUUGGGAUGCCUUGGAGGAAACGAUUUCAGAUUGGCCAUCCGGAGGCCGCGGUGUCAAGUUGCCAGAGAUCCAGGUCACAGCCUUGGAGCCGUCCCCCAAUCGUUGUGCGCUGCUUCAAGGGAAGAGCGCCAAGGGCGUGGAUGGUUGCCAGGGAUGGCAAGGGCAGAGCCGUGGACGCUUGGAUGCGCAUUGUGUGGCAGCAUCCUUCGAAAACUCGGAGGCAGUGAUGCAAUGUCCCAAUGGCAUGAGCUUUCUUGCAGAUGAUGGCAGUCAGGCAAAUGUCGUGUCUGCGGUACCAUGCGGAGAGCCUGUUGUGGUGAAGACCGUCCGGCUGGACGAGUUCACUAAAGACUUGGGCAUCCACGAGGUAGAUGUUCUGAAAGUCGAUGCUGAAGGCUAUGACUACAACGUCAUUUUGGGAGCAUCCGGCCUCCUGGAAUCACGGCGAAUUCGCUUUGUGAUUUUCGAGGCCUGUGCCAUGUUUUUCUCGUGUCCAACCACGGAGAGCCACGGGCAGAUGGAGGCGGCUGUCAGGUACUUUGCAAGUAUGAAGUAUGUUUGCUUCAUGAUGGCGCCAGAGAUGCUUGUGCCUCUCACAGGUGACUGGCUCACGGACCUAUAUCGCUUUAGCCAGCUGACCUUCAAUGUCCUUUGUGCGCAUCAGAAAGAGCCUUUGAUGAAGGAGAUCAUUCAGCUUUACAGCCGAACACCUCGUGCGAUACAGUUUGCCCUAGCGGCUCUAGCAUCCCUCCAAGACCCACCCAGCUACGCCGCUGCACCGCGCUGUGGCCGCAGCUGUUUGGACCCGCUGCUGGGCGACGCAGCCUUGCGUCAGAGUGCUGCACAGGCAGAAGUCUUCUUCGAGGCGCUUCACCAGCGCAUUGUCUCCAAGGGCUGGCAGUUGUCGCACAUGCGCUUUGUCCAUGCGCGACAGCUUCAAGCAGCUGGGAAGGUGAACCUUGCCAUCCCAAUCUACCACGAGUUGCAGGCUACACUAGGCCCUUUGCAAAGCCUCGAUGGAUUGGGUAUAGCUUUUCCCAGCCUCGUCGUCAAUUUCUCGAUCCGAUACGCUUGUGCCGCUCCUGUGUAGUCUACAGAACUGAUUGAACAACACUGCAAUGGAAUUGGAGUUGUUUUUUUUUUUCGGGAAUGCCACUGCAUUCCCUUCUCAGUCAUAACGGCAUUGUGUACAGUAGUUAGGAAUAGUUAGGAUAUGUUUGGAUUGUAUUUGUAAAGAUAUGUAUCCAUCAGAUACAUGCGAGACGCAUGCGUUUUUCUGCCAGUUGUGCCAUGUUCGCCCGCGGAUCAUAAUAUGGUUUCAUCUGUCAUCAUCUAUCCAUCUAUCAAUCUAUCUGCAGUUUGUUUAUUCAUACAUACAUAGAUACUCUAGUACGCACAUUAUUCUCCCAGAACUUUCUGUGUUAAGCAGCAAUUGUGUACCACCUGUGUCAAGAAUGCAAGGUGAGCCAGC